AGGAGGUGAAAAACGGAGACAGCACUUCAGUCCGGAUGUGUCGGUUUCUGGAUGUUCCCCCCUUUUUGCAUUCGCACCAGAGCAGAUGCGCGCAUGCAGCAGCAAUCACCCAAUUCGUGCGUGUCGACUGGCCGCGAGCAAAGCCCCCGCAGGAAAACAGAUGCACAGCUGUCAGGGAGCAGAUACAGCUGCAACGGCGCAUGGCAACUGCAACUCCAAGUGGUCUCGAGGAGGACGAGGCGACGGACAAAAGAGCCGAGUGACUCCCAGCGGAGGUGGACCUGUGGCACCUGGCGCCACAGCAGCAGCAUGCAGAGCCAGUGCAUGCCAUUCACCAGUGGAAAAGGUAGUGGAAAUCGAUGGCUGGAGAGCAGGAGGAUGUGGUUGUCUGCAUACUUUUACCUGCCUCACCAAAGAGCAUCUGUCGGACCAGCCAUCAGAGCCAAGCAGCGCUUCUUUCCUCCAUUGUAACCACACAUGUCACCAUUCGGUUCAAGUCCACUUGAGAAGACCAUCCAAAAGGCUUCGUUUUGUUAGCACUCAGUGUGAAGAAGUUGGGUCAGAGAUAAAUUUAGUUUCCUCUGUUAACCUACAUCAAGCAGCUGCAUGGCACAACAGGACUGGCCUGCUGGAAGUAGCCCCAAUUUUGUUUGUGUCUGCCUCACACUGUCAAGAAUCGAUUACAGGGGACCCAGUUUAUGCUCUGUAAGCAGCAAGUUUAAGGUAUUUGCUGUAAGUCUUUCAAAGUCUACUGUCACAACUGGUAUUUCUGGAGCAGUCAGGAUGAAGGGUUGUCCCACAGACAGAUUCUGUGUGUCCUGAUUUUUACUCUCUGGGCGUAACUGUGCGACAAAUUGUCUUGUUUAUAUGUCUCCUGCAAAAGAGAUCUUGAUCUCAGCAAGACUUCCUAAAUGAAGUUCAUCCUCAUCUGUCUGACAGUUCCUGAUUAAUUCCUGUACAUGUCUUUUUUUUUCUUUUUUUUUGGCAAAUAAAGUGAUUUUGCUCAUGAUAAAAAUAGACUAUAGGACACUUAGUCCAUUUAAUUAUGAAAGCAAUGUAAGGUCAUCACAUCUCCAGGUGUACCUAACAAGCAACCAAGAAAUAAAAUCUU